AUGUCUCUCAGCGACGCGGGGACUUUCACUGAGUACGGCAUAGUGAAGGCAUUCGCUUACGCGAUGUUGGAAUAUGCCGCACCAUAUCGAGGCACGGGAAGCAACAGGGCCUUAGAGACGGCAUUUAGCAUAGUAUCGACAUGCAUAGAGAAUGGCUGUCUCGAUCUAAGCCAAAAGAUAAUCGAAACUGCAGCUAUACGGUUAGACAAACUUGAGAAAUCUGGAAGUGACAUCGAGGAUGCAAAGUUUCAACAGUAUACCAUAGAGUACUACAUGCUUCGUGUCAACUUGGCAUGGCUACAAGGGAGACUCGACAUCGCAGAACACUUGUUUUCAAAGAUACCAGGAUCGGAUAAUGGCGGGGGUCAGGAACGUGUCAUGGACAUAUGCUAUAAGAUCGGUAGCUGUGCGCUUUCACGCAAGCAAUAUGAUGUCUCUGUGAAGUGGUUAGAAAGGGCGUGGAGAGCAUCUGAGCUCAUAAGGCAUAUGGACCAGUCACCGGUCCUGUCAAUAAAGGAUAAAGAGCUACUGAUACUCCAUGAUUCUGUUCGUGCCGGUCUUCGUCUUGAUACCAAAGAGUCCACUGGCUUUCUUGCUAGAGCCCUGGAUGCACUGAAAUCUCAUUACGGUGGAAUAUUCCCAGUUCAGGUCAUCCAACUUGAGUUACUGGGCAAGGAAGAACUAGAUGAAAAUAUCCUUUCGCAAGGUCGCUGA